GAAUCAAAUUAUUGUACGCUAUUGGAUUCACGGUGGAGUGUACGCUCUCAUUCUUUAUUAAACGGAAUUCUUAAGAGUACACAAACGAUGACUGAUCAGAAGUUAGCAAAAGCAAAAGUGGUAUUUGUAUUAGGUGGACCAGGAAGUGGUAAGGGUACACAGUGUGAAAAAUUAGUCCAGAAAUUUCAUUUCAAUCACUUAUCUAGUGGUGAUCUUUUACGAGCUGAAGUUCAAUCCGGUUCACCAAAAGGUAAAGAGUUAAAAGCUAUGAUGGAGAGAGGUGAACUUGUUCCUUUGGAAGUUGUUUUAGCUUUACUUAAAGAAGCAAUGAUUAAACUGGUUGACAAAAAUUGUCAUUUCCUUAUCGAUGGAUAUCCACGUGAACUGGAUCAAGGCAUUAAAUUUGAAAACGAGAUAGUACAGCAGGAGACAAUCCAAAUUAUCACCAACUUAGUAGAAAUAAAUUCGUCCAAAUUUUCAACAUCUCAAUUUGAACUUACAGUUCGUAAAAUAAUCGUGUAAAGUUUACAUUUUCAAGUCAGUUUAUUCACAUAAUCUUAACUUAAUUAUUUUAUUGGGUUUUAUCAAUAAAACAAAUCGAUUCAUCAAUAAAAGUCGAAAUCAUUUCAGUUGUUAUGAUCACUCCUUUUUUACAUUAAUCAAUAUUUAUUUUGUCAAUCAUUCUGACUUGCCUUUCAUUUCAGUAGAGUUUAUCCAGAAACUAUGUUAGAUUUAUGCAGUAUUUUCAUAAACUAGAUUAAUGACUUAAAUAAUGAACUGAUUAAAAUUAACAUGGAAAUGUAUUUUUACUUCAUUACUAUGACUACUUAUUAAAUAAGCUGUACAAAACAUAGUGUUUAUUGACCGUAAAUAUGUGUCGGUUUCUUUUGUAAAUAUAUUGUUUGAUAUUACUGUAGUUGCUUAGCUUCGUUAAUCAAUCACCUUGAUAACCGUUAUUAUAUAAAUCUUACGGUGUUUGAAACCAGAAGGCAAUAAGAUGCGGCAACUACAGCUUAUUAGCGAAUAACACGGAUAACAAAACUACAAGCACAUCGAGAGAAUUUGAAGCAGAUAGGCCAAUUUAUAGUCAAAUCGAAUAUGGCGCAGCUAUGCGAAACAAAGACUAAUAACAGGAUUCGAGUACAUAUAUACAUGUGAAAGAGAAUAACUCAUCGAGCGGUAUUUAAACUAGAGAGAGAUAUGUACAUUGACUGUUAUGUGAUCGAGCGUACACGUUUAUCCAGACCAUAAUAGUACAAAGAAACAUGCGAAUUGUUGCUGUUCGAAUAAUAUUGUUUGUUAAGUUGAUAGAAGGGGUUAACAUAAUUUAACCAUAAUCGACAUUGUUUGUAGGAGAGUUGCUAUAUUACCCCGAUUAAAUGGAAACCUUUUUGUCUAAACCUUGUUCUGUGAGUCUGACUUCAAUAGUUUGUCUUGGUGAUUGCUACGAAUUUGAAUGCUACGUAAUUAUUUUUCAUGACUGUCGUUUAGUUUGACCAGAAUGCAGCCACGGUAUUUGCCUAUGUGCUGAAACGUAGGUCUGAAAAUGAUAUGAAUUGGGGUGGCACAUGCCAGACCAAGCCAGUAAUAUAAAGAGAGAAUACGAUGAAUAAGAAGAGUCACAAAUCAUUUAAUGGGCAUAGACACAAUUCCAGUAGCGAAUGAAUAAGUAUAUGUACAAACAACAUCCAGACAAGCAUGCAUGUAUAAGAAGAGUGUUGUGAAAACGCUAAUAAUUAACGAAACUAAUUACAAAAUGGCACACUUAACAUUCACAUGAUAAUUGAGUUUUAUACAAUAUUAAAUAAGAAUAAGCCUGUGUUAGAAUGUGGUCAUUAGACUGAAGAUUGGAAUUAUCUUUUUUUAAUGAUUGCACGUUUUUUUUAAAUCAAACAAGGUUUUAUACGUUUUCAACAAUAAUUUACUUUUCUUUAGAAAAAUAAAAUGGUUACUUAAUCAUGUACAUGAUAAAAACCAUGGUGAUAAUCUAGAAAAAUAUAUCCAACGUGAAAAUAAGUUUAAAAAUUUGUGAAAUUCUAAACAUAAUUGAUAGUUAAUUCGUUUUUACUAGUACCCAUUCUGCAACAGUAUAGAUUGACAUCUUUUAACUAUAAUUUAAUGAAUCUGAAUUAAGCUUAGUUAGCGUGCGAUAUAGCAUCUAAUCAUUCAAUGAACUAAAAAUAGAAUGAUAAAUUGAAUGUAAGUAAUCAUAUGGAAUCCUAUAUAUGAACUAAUAAUUUGAAAUCGUUUUUACAAUGUAUCAUCUAUUUUAGUCAACUAGAAAACAUUUUCAUAUUUCAGUAAUGAUACAUAGAUGUUUUAAUGUAAUCCUAAUAAAGAAUAACAUGCAACUAUAAACAGAAAACUGAUUAAAACAAGUUUAUAUGAUAAAUUUAUAGAUAAAUCGGAAUCACUAGUUUUCUUUUCUUUUUACAAUUCAUUUUAGAAAAACAGUUAAAAUUAACUAUGUCCAUUAUUUAUGUGAAGUCAUUUAAUUGUUAACUAAUUCCUAGUGGUAAAUAAAAACAGACAUUAAUAUUUGCUUGAAUGUUUUUGUAUGGUUAAUGUUUAUCAUUAUUACCAUUUAAUUUUUGAAUCAUUUUGAGUUAACACCUAAAGAUUGUUUUAUGUUAAAUAAUCCAACCAUGGACUUCUUAUAAUUUAAUGUGUUCACUUUAUAAGAUAAAAUAUUGUAUAAUUUGGUUAUUUUUUCCAAGAAACAAAAUAUACACAAAUUCAAAAGGGGUUUUGUGGAGAUUGUAGUGAUUUCAAUAGUUAAGAUCAUGAGUCAAUUAAAGCUAGACCACCAUGGGAUACCUGGAAGCACUGGAAGGCCGUUUCGUCCUAUUGUGGGACUCCUCAGCAGUGCAUAUGCAAAAAUUCAUAAUCAACUUAUUGAUUACUGCCUUUUAUUGUUUUCAUUUAAUGUCUACCACUGAUCAAAUUAAUUUACAUAGACAACAAGUGUUUGGUUUCUGGUUUUGACAUAAACUAACGCUAAAAAUGCUAUUGAUGUACGGAUAAACACUCACGAGUAAUAGAUAAAACUAGAUUACCAAAUGUUUGUGAAGAUUUUAUUUAUUUGACAUUAUAUUUAUAAUUUCGUAUAAGUUAGAUUUUUUCGUUUAAGGAAUAUGUUGAAUGGAGGUUAGUUGUGAUGUCUGUUGUUUAGAAUCAUGACGUAUCGAAAAUUGCAUCUUCUUACUAAAUAUCAUUGUUUUCGACUACUUAUUAUCUAUGUUAUUAUGCUACAAAGAGUGAAACAAUUAAACGAUAUACUUUUUUGAUCCUCGUGUAGUUCUACAUCGAUCCCAUUGCUGGCCAUUAAAUGGCAAGUGAUACUUUUUGUAUUCAGUUUGUCUAUCUAAUUGGAUAACAUAAAAGUAUUGUCUUGUCAAUAACUGGUAACUAAUCAGUAAUAUUUGAUUUAUUUACAUUUUUAAGGUAUGUCCUUGUUUGUGUGUGAUUAAUUUCGAUGUGAGUGAAGAGGUGAUGCGUAAAAGACUAUUGAAAAGAGCGGAGACUAGUAAUCGUGUUGAUGAUAAUGAAGAGACAAUUGUGAAACGUUUUCGCACUUUCAAUGAAUUAACAAAACCUGUUAUUGAACACUAUAAGAAAGAAAAUAAAGUAAUCACUAUUGAUGCUUCUGGUACAGUAGAAGAAAUUUUCGAGAAAGUUAAUCAUGGACUUCAAAAAUUCGGUGUGAAAUAAUUCAAUUCUUUUCAUUAGAUCAUUACCCCCAACAUAUUCACCUAAUUUCAUUACUUUAUUUUUUAAGUGUUCUAAAUAUUAAUUUAUCUUAUAUUGUACUACUACUGUUUAUAAUGUGGUCAUUACUAUUAUUAUAUUGAUUUAUAUUUUAAAACCUUAGAUGAUAGAUAUUACUUACAAAUAGUUUAUUAGUACAACCAUAUAAUCAAUAUAUAUGACCUGAUUUCGUCCAGAAGAAUAUAUUUUGUUUUGUUUACUUUUCAUUGAUAGAAGCAACUUCUUUGUUUUGUCCUAAUUACUCACCUUUUAAAUGUUUCGUUUUUUCUCCGUACAAGGUUUAUCUAUUUUAUUUUAUGUUGUCUCUCGUUUUUCUCUUGCUCUUUUUCAAGUGCCUGUACAUCGAUUGUCUCUUCUAGAUUCUUUGUUUCCUAUUGUUUAUAUAGAUAACCUUUCUUUUGAAAAGAAACUUAUAAAGUAAACAAAUAAAUAAAUAAUUUCUUAUUUAAAUUGUCUGACUAUUAAACUAAUUAACAAUUAGUAGUAACAUAAAUGUUUAUAUAGUAAUUUAAAAAAAGACAAAAUUAUUUAAAACCACGACCAAAAGUUUAUAGUGGAGAAUUCAUUUGAAAUUGAUGCAUUUAUAACAUUGAUCUGGAUAUUUUUGUUAGUUUAAAAUGAUUGGAUUGUACAGACUGAAGGUCAAACUAUAAAUCAAAUUAUCUUUUUAAAACAAUAUUGAAACUUCAAUAUUGAACUGUUACUAAAAAGAGAUAAAAUUCGUUAACUUGUUUAAAGCAAAGCCACAAAUGAAUCUAAACUUUUGUUAUUUAUUCAAAGUUAUCUGUAUGGAAAACAAAAUCUAUUUGUCUAUUCAGUGUAACAUUUUACUGUUCACAACUUAUUUCGAUUCUCUAAGAAACUUAGUAUUCUAUCUUUUACAAUUUUCUGUUUCAGAAAGCCAAGAACAAGUGAAUAUGUGUUUUAUUAUAUUUCGUGACUUUAUAUUAUGAUAAAUUCAUUAUUGAAUAC